GCGGCAGUGUAAGCGGGACACGCGGCGUGGUGCGUUUGGUGCAUGCAGCGUUGUGUUGCGGCUAUUGUCUCUACCGGCGUGGGUGCUUUUAGCUGAGGUGUACGGGAAGCAGUAUCCUCGCCGCCGCUGCGGUAACCCCCGGCCAGUGACCUUAACCGCCCGAGUCCCGCACGCAGCUGUGACUUCAUAACGCGUUACCGGCUGCCGCACGUGUGUGCAAUAAGAAAAUGAAGGAGUGUAACGGAGCCGCCUCAUCUCCCGAGGAUCCCCCCGUCCCCCUCGGCUUACACAGGCCCGGGGAUGACUCCGCCUCGGCCGCCGGCUGCGGACCCAAGUGCCGGCGCUUCCUGAAGGGGAACCUGCUGGUGCUGCUCACCGUGCUGGGGGUGCUGCUGGGCGCCGGGCUGGGCAUGGCAGUGCGGCCGCUCGACCUCUCUAAGGCUCAGAUCGCUUCGUUCUCAUUCCCCGGAGAGCUGCUGCUCAGGCUGCUGAAGAUGAUCAUCCUGCCGCUGGUGGUCUGCAGUCUGGUCUCCGGCGCCGCUUCGCUGCAGCCCUCCGCUCUGGGUAAGCUCGGAGGCUGGGCCAUGCUCUUCUUCCUGGUCACCACCCUGCUCGCUUCCAGCCUGGGUGUCUGCCUGGCCCUGCUCAUCGGACCCGGGAUAGGGGCGCAGGGAAGCCAGGACAACGGCGAAGGCAUCCCCGAGGCCAAGGAGGUGGUGGACUCCUUCCUGGACUUAGUCCGAAACAUCUUCCCGUCCAAUCUGGUGUCGGCUGCCUUUCAGUCGUAUGCCACCAGCUAUAGACUAGAAAUCAAGAACGUGUCGGGAGAGCUGAAUACGACCUUGGAGAAGGUCCCGUAUGGGCAGGAGGUGGAGGGCAUGAACAUCCUGGGGCUUGUGGUCUUCGCCAUCGUCUUUGGGGUGGCUCUGAGGAAGCUUGGAGAAGAAGGCGAGAUCCUCAUCAAAUUCUUCAACUCGUUCAACGAGGCCACCAUGGUCCUGGUGACGUGGAUCAUGUGGUACGCGCCUCUGGGUAUCAUGUUCCUCGUGGCCGGGAAGAUCGUGGAGAUGGAGGACGUGGUCCUUCUGUUCACCAGCCUGGGGAAAUACAUCUCCUGCUGCAUCGUGGGCCACAUCAUCCACGGCUUGAUAGUCCUUCCGCUCAUCUACUUCGCCUUCACUCGGAAGAACCCCUACCGCUUCCUGUGGGGCAUUGUGAGCGCGCUGGCCACCGCCUUCGGGACCUCCUCCAGCUCGGCCACGCUCCCGCUGAUGAUGAAGUGUGUGGAGGAGCGGAACGGGGUGUCCAAGCAAAUCAGCCGGUUCAUCCUUCCGAUCGGCGCCACCGUCAACAUGGACGGAGCCGCGCUGUUCCAGUGUGUGGCGGCCGUGUUCAUCGCUCAGCUUAACAGCCAUUCCCUCGACUUCAUCCAGAUCAUCACCAUCCUUGUUACGGCGACCGCUUCCAGCGUGGGAGCCGCAGGAAUCCCGGCCGGUGGGGUCCUGACCCUCGCGAUAAUCCUAGAGGCCGUAGGACUUCCGACCAAUGACAUCUCCCUCAUCCUGGCGGUGGACUGGCUCGUCGACCGUACCUGCACCGUGCUAAACGUGGAAGGCGACGCGUUCGGGGCCGGCCUUCUCCAAGUCUACAGCGACCGCACGUCCGGCCAGACCCCCGACGGCGUGGUCCUUACAGCCGUGCAAGUGGAUCCGGCCGCCAAGAGCCCGGAGGGAGAUCCGCUUUUAGAAAAGAACGUCCAAGUGUUGAUAGACGGGCCGAGCCCCGAAGACAAAGAAUCCAUAAUGUGAGAGAGACUUUAGCGGAAAGCGCGAGCGAUCUUGCGUAUGGAGGACCUGAUCUCACCAAGGAACUGGGAUCGUUCUUAUUUUUUUAUAUAUUAUUUUUAUUUGUAAACUUGAAAAGUAACUUAUCUGCCAGAUUAAGGACUGUAUGGUACUUCGUCCAGUCGGUCGCCCCUGCUAUUUAUCCUUCUGAUCGAGGUAUCCGGGCCCCGUCACCUUAAUCUGGCUCCUUUCGGUCUUAGUUUCUCUACACGAUGCUGCAGGGCGCUGUGGAUGGUAGACACAGCCCCGCCGUGUGAAUGCGCCCCGGGAGAAAGGUGCUUUGUGGGUCCGUAGAUGUAUGUGUGUGAUGUCAUUGCGUGAAAAUUAUGCGACCUAAAUAUCUGUACGAACAGUGGACCAAAUGGGAUCCCUUGUCGUGUACCCAAAACCCAAGCCCGCCACGUUAAACUGCCUGGCCUGUAGAUGCUGUGCAACAACCUUUAUACGCACUCUGUGCCCUCAUGAAGUCUGUUACAGUUCCUCGAGAAACCCCCCAAAACGUGUUGAAGAGGUGCCCAAGGCUCGCUAGAUGUGGGAGGGCAAUAUGAUCGUGGUAAUAAAUCCGGGACAAAAUAAAACGUUUUAUUUAUACCAA